AUGGCGUCUGACGGUGGCGACGGAGUCGAACGAGUUCAGAACAGCCCCAUACGCUCCCUGACACCGUUGGACGACAUGUCACCGCCUAUAACGACCACCAAAGAAGCCAUCGGGGAGGGAAGCUCUGUGCUAACCAUGAUGCCGCCAACAAGCCGACAGUUAGCCCAACCGCUUCCCGCACUAUCGGAAACGAACACUGAAACCACCGCUCAACCACCACCUCAACAACCGUGGCCAACCUUGGGGACGAUACCGUCAGCCACACCUCUUCCAACGUCGUUGACAUUUCAGCCAACAGCAACACAAUUCUCAAUAAACCAAACGUCACCAUUCUUUACCCCGGUGGUACAACACCAACUUCCCUUUUUUCCAGCAGCGAUGGCAAUUAACCAAACACCAAACACCCAACCGACAUUUCACGUGCUGCCACAAAGCCAAAUACCAAUGAGUACACAGCCGACACUCCCACCGCUCGCACAAGCCAUGAUAGCACCACCAUCGGUUUCCUACUCUACGACAGGAACUUGGGGCGAACCUCUGGUAACCACCAACAUGAGUCGGCAGCAGCCUAUACCAACACAACUCCCAACCCAACCUUUACUCAUGCAUCCAGGAUACUCGUUACAGCUGUCGUUCCAGCAACAAGCCUUCUAUGGUCCCAGUCCGGGGUACCAGGCAUUCUACGGUCAUUUGGGAGCGCCGUCGUAUAGCUCGCCCCACUAG